ACCAAUCAUGCCGGGUUCCACAACUUUAGUCACAACAACACUCGGCCGCCUCCAACUGCGGGACGGACAUCAUUGGUUUCCCCAUCACACAGCGGCGACAUGGCGAAUUGGAAGUUCGGAGCUUGCUUUGUCCUGGCCGCGGCCCGGGCCGUUGUCGGACUUGGUCCGCAACAUCUCGCCGGCCACCAGGCGUGGAACGCGCUUCAAUCGGCUGCCCGGUCUCAGGUGGAAAUUGCCUCAGUCUUUGCGGAGCAUUAUCCCGAGUACAACCUCUCCGUCCCUGUUGACCACUUUCACAAUGAUUCGCGCUACGAACCGCACUCGGAUGAGUAUUUCAACCUCCGUUACUGGUUCGACGCAAAGCACUAUCGCAAGGGAGGGCCCGUAAUCAUUCUCGCGGCUGGGGAGACGGAUGCCAAGGAGCGUCUGCCUUUCCUCGACCACGGCAUCCUUUCCAUCCUUGCCAAGGCUACCGGCGGUGUUGGCGUCGUUCUCGAACAUCGCUACUAUGGCAAGAGCUUCCCCGCGCCCGAUCUUAGUACCGAGAACCUGCGCUUCUUGAGCACCGACCAAGCCCUCGCCGAUACAGUCUACUUUGCGAAGCACAUCAGCUUUCCCGGUCACGAAGACCUGAACCUCACCGCGCCUGGCACACCCUAUCUUGCUUACGGAGGCUCUUACGCCGGAGCUUUCGCCGCCUUCCUCAGGAAGCUCUACCCUGACGUAUUCUGGGGCGGAAUCUCGUCGUCGGGUGUCACGGCGGCUAUCAUCGAUUACUGGGAGUACUACGAAGGUGCCCGGCUCUUUUCGCCAGGUGACUGCGCCGAGACAACCCAGAAGCUCACCCAGGUUGUCGACAAUAUCUUGCUUGGCAAGACUGAGUCUCACAAGAAACAGCUUAAAGAUCUGUUUGGUCUGGGCCCUCUUGAAGAUGACGACUUCGCCAGUACCCUGUCUUACGGCAUCUCCGGACUGCAAUCGACCAACUGGGAUCCGGCCCAGGACACCACGGCAUUCGGGACGUACUGUGCCACCAUCAGCUCAGACAGCGUCCUCUUUGGCAGCGCCCGCCAUCUCAAAUCGUCCGUGGAGGAGCUACUUUCCGCCAGUGGCUCUGACAAAAAGCUGACGAAUCGGAUGCUCAACUAUGCCGGUUACGUCAAGGAUUACGUCAAAAAGGGUUGCAGAAGCGGAGAUUUGGUGAAAUGUUUCUCAAGCCGCAACAAUGAAGAGCACCAAAACAUUUCUCUUCGCCAAGGUCCCGGCCGCGCCUGGAUCUAUCAGGUCUGCACAGAAUGGGGCUACUUCCAGACUGGAUCGGGUGUGCCCGAGGACCAGCUUCCCCUCGUUUCGCGCCUCAUUGACGUCGAGUAUAGUUCAAUUUACUGCCGCGAAGCUUUCAACAUCACUGAGCCUCCCAACGUGGAGGCCAUCAACAAGCAUGGUGGCUUCGACUUUAGCUACCCGCGCGUCGCGAUCGUCGAUGGUGAGGCUGAUCCUUGGAGAGCCGCCACCCCUCACAAGAUCGGCCUGGACCGCAAGUCGACGACCAGUGAGCCCUACCUCCUCAUCGACUUGGGUGUCCAUCACUGGGACGAGAACGGAUUGAAGCCGGAGGAUGUCACACCAGACUUCCCGCCUGCCUCUAUCAAGAAUGUCCAGGCACAGGAAGUCGAGUUUGUCAAAGCAUGGAUGAAGGAGUGGGAGGAGGCGCAGAGCCAUGACAGCGCCAAAGGAGGUAUGUUUUUCGCUAGUCAUCAGUCAUUCAAUGUGCUAAUGAGGACAAAAGAACCAAUCGAGGAACUUUAG